AUUCAACUAAACGAGUCAACAAUUGGAAUCAGCAACAAAUAGGACUCCGAGCCAAGAAUUCUGUAGAGAAAUAUCCGAUAUUACAAUUUUCUAUUAUUGCAUAUAAGGAGAAUAGGGAUUAAUGUUUAGAGGGCUGUGUCCCGUGCACCCAUUCUGCAUUAGAUUUUAUUGGCAAAGAUGUGGCGAUUAGUAUUUCUCGAUUAAUCCUCUUGAGUAAUAAAUAAAUAAAUAUUUAUUUCGGCUUUUUCUUUCUAUUAAAAAAUUAGGUUUUUUUUUUAAAAAAAAAAAAAAAUGUCCGAAUUUUCAAAGAUACAAAUUCUUAAGGCUUAUGCUCUAGAUUGGGUCCUAUGCUUCAUUUUUCUCGGCAUAUUCUUCAGCGUGGACCAAUUGGAACCAUAUCAUCGAUUAUUUUCUUUGGAGGAUAAAACGAUUCAAUUUCCUUUUGCCGAAAAAGAAAGAGUGCCAAUGUGGUUAUGCGCUAUAAUUGUAGUAGUUGUUCCGUUUGUUAUUAUAACUUUUGUGGCUCUCGCGAUUAAAAAAAGUAUGCAUGACUGGCAUCAUGCUUCACUAGGUUUGUUGAUGGGUCUUACGUUGACUCUUAUGGUUACUGAGGUAUUUAAGAAUACGGUUGGUCGUCCAAGACCUGAUUUUAUUGAUAGAUGUCAACCGAGCGCUGCAUUUGAUCCAGGUUUAGGAUUAAGCAACUCUACAAUAUGUACAAGAACCGAUUUAUUGAAAGAUGGAUUUAAAAGUUUCUUAUCCGGACAUUCCUCAACAUCUUUCGCUGGAAUGGGAUUUUUAUCACUAUAUCUCGCCGGAAAAUUACAUGUAUUUGAUCAAAAGGGAUAUACAUAUAAAGGAUUUGUCGUUGCAGCACCUUUAGUUGUAGCAAUUCUUAUUGCUAUUUCACGUACCGAAGAUUAUCGUCAUCAUUGGCAUGAUGUUUUUGCCGGUAGUUUAGUUGGGUUUCUUUUAUCAUAUUUUGCAUAUCAUCAAUAUUAUCCAGACUUACAUUCAAAAAUAUCAGAUAAACCAUUUACAAUCAGAUUAAAGAAAGUAGUACCAGAAUAUAAAGCAGAAUUUAGUUUUAUGGAUGGUUCGGAAGUUGAAAUUACUGUAGUUAAAAAUGAUGAACAACUUUUACUUAAAGAUUCCAGAGCUUUAUUAGCUGAUUCUAGUAGUAAUAAUACUGAAGGUGGUUCAGCUGAUAUUGUAGUAUCAUAGUUUAAUUUAAAUAUCCGGAUAACAGGCUUGCCAUAAAUUAUUUAAAUUAAAAGUUACCAUAAUCAUAAAUUAUUUAUUAUAUAUAAUUGAGAGCGACUCGACCUCCGAAUCAUGUAAUCAUGUAAUGUAAUUAAUUAUAUAUAAAGUUCAAUAAUGUAAAAAAAUAAUUUAUUGUAAUUGGACAAAUAUUUUAAUUACUUUAUUAAUU